AACAGAAUGAAAUGCAGACAGCAACUGUGAGCCAAUCCAUGCCUGAUAUCCCAAGCCGGAGAUCUUACGGAAGGAAGGAACUAAGCCUAUUCCAUGGACUCCCGCCGGCUACCACGCACCGCCGUCGAUCCCAAGGUACGCCGGGUCGGAUUCUUCACGUCAGGCGAACCUCUGCCUGCAAGAUCCCAGUCCUUCCCAGCUGAAACUGGCGGCUCGACUACCGCUGACGGCGGUAUGAUGUCCUCCACGACUACGCCCGACCUUUCUGUCGGCGUAAUAUCCUUCUCCCCCGUUAUGAUCCCGCCCCCUCGUUACGCCUCCGCCGACGGUCUCCCAGCCCUCGGCCGCGCCGCAGCAACCGUGACCACUGUAUCCGCUUACAGCCCCUUGUCGCCCCUUCGGCGGGAUGCUAUCCAGCUGCCGGUCGGGAGCUUCAACCCGUCGGAGUACAUGCAGGGCACGUCGGCGAUGCUAUCACCGUCGAGCAGCCGGUUCGAUGACUUGGACUUCUCGGAGGAAGUUGCUUGCUACGGAAAGAAGUGGCCCGGAAAGGAAGUGGCGUCGUUCCCUGGGAGCAGCGAUGAGAUGAUGAUGGCUGUUAGGGGUGGGGGGAAUGCUCUGUCCAUGAGCGCGCUGACGACCGCCUCCGUGGUGAAAACACUUCCGGGAGUCACUGCAAAGGAUGGAGGGACUUUCAUAGAAUCACAAAAUGAAAGGGUUGGACCUGCGAGAUCUCAGAAACAGAAGACAACUAAAGCGGAAAGGCGUGCCCUUCAGGAAGCUCAACGUGCUGCAAAAUCAGCAGCCAAGGCGGCUGGUGAAGGAGGUAAACAUUCUGCUGCAUCUAGCAGUGGAGCUCCUACCAACGCCAAACUAGACAAGGGUGCCAGACCACAUUCUCAAAAUAAAGAUGGGCCUGAGGAUACGGCCACGGCUUCUGAGAAAAGGGCUGACCGUAAUCUUGAUAAAGAUAGAAAGAAGGAUUUUCCUCAUCCCAGCCUUCAGUUUGAUGAUAAAAAUCGUGUUGAAAAGGCUAAAAGACGUGCUGUUGUUUAUCAAUUUGAAGCUAGAAACAGAGUUGAGUUAUUCCGGCACUUGCCUCAAUAUGAAUAUGGGUCUCAACUACCAUAUCUUGAGUCGAAGUUUUUUCAUCUUGAUCAUAUACAUCCUUCAGUUUAUCAGGUUGGUAUGCAAUAUAUCUCAGGGUCUACCUCUGGUGGCAAUGCUCGGUGUAAGGAAAUGCUUCUUGCAUUUCGCAUGGCUAUUAUGGAUUAUUCUAUAUCACCAGAGAAAAGUGUUGUUCGAGAUUUGAUCUCAAAAAUUAAUAGUUAUGUGUCAUUUUUAAUUGAGUGCAGGCCUCUUUCAGUAAACAUGGGAAAUGCUAUCAGGUUUUUGAAGAAUAGGAUUUUAAAGUUACAUCAUAACCUUUCUGAAUCGGAAGCAAAAUAUAUACUUAUAUCAGAUAUUGACCGUUUUAUAAAUGAGAAAAUAAUAGUUGCAGACAAGGUUAUCAUAAGCCAUGCUGUUGCAAAAAUUAGAGAUGGUGAUGUACUCCUUGUAUAUGGACAUUCAACUGUUGUGGAAAUGAUAAUCGUACAUGCACUUGAGCUUGGAAAGCAGUUUCGUAUUGUAAUUGUUGAUUCUCGGCCUAAGUUUGAAGGGCGAAGAUUACUUCGGAAGUUGGUUAUGAAAGGCAUCAGCUGUACUUAUACACACAUAAAUGCCAUUUCAUACAUCAUGCAUGACGUUACACGUGUUUUCCUCGGGGCUUCUUCGGUUCUGUCUAAUGGAACAGUUUAUGCAAGAGUUGGUACAGCUUGUGUUGCAAUGGUGGCUCAUGCUUUCCAAGUUCCUGUUCUAAUAUGCUGUGAGGCAUAUAAAUUUCAUGAACGGUUCCUACUUGAUUCAAUUUGCUCUAAUGAACUUGGCGAUCCAGAUGUUAUCAUAAACGUUCAUGGGGGAAAAGAUUUGAAUCCUCUUGCAAAAUGGGCUGAUAAUGAAAAUCUUCAGCUUUUGAAUCUUGUUUAUGAUGCAACUCCUUCUGACUAUGUGUCAAUGAUUGUCACCGAGCAUGGAAUGAUUCCCCCAACCAGUGUGCCAGUCAUCAUCCGAGAGUAUGAAAGAGAUCAGUUAGUCUUCUAAAAUACCAUUUUUUGGCUGCAAUUUUGGGCCUUGAGGUUUCAAAUUUUCACUUUGGUCUCACGUUUUUCCUUGAAUGAAAUGAAACUCCACUUAAUGCAUUAUUAGUCUUGCGUGACGCAAGAUUAGGUUGAUGGUAUAUUUUACAUUUUUGCUUUGAAAUACUGAUCCACCAUGCAUGCUAAGGCUUUGUUUGGGACGGCUUUCUUUAUGCUUCUUAAAACAAUUUUUUAGUACAAAAAUUUUUAAUCUUGUACUAAAAAACUGUUUUAAGAAGCAGAAAAAAAGCAGUCCAAACGAAGCCUAAAUAUUCAUAGUGGUUAAAAUUUAUGCUGACUUGACACCGUGAAGAGUGCUGUUGUUUGCCUCUCCGGGUACUUUAAGGAAAACUUUUUCUUGUAAUGAAAUGCUGAAAUUUUUCUCCCUUGAUCAGUAUAUUGUGAAAGAACUAUUCAUUCCAGUAAAGGUUGUCAACACUGCUUCCUUUUAUCAUAUUGGAUAUGCUUGUGAAUUUCAUUGCUCGAGCAUAAGUAAUUGAACAGUGCUUGUACUUGGAUACUCCAGAUCUAUGUUAAAUUUAAUAUUCACAUUCUAA